ACAGAAGGAUGAGGGGCCGCUUUUAAUCGAAACUGUGUCACUGGAGGUCUGUGUGACGUAUACAGUGUAUCUGACCACCGGCUUCGCUUUUCAAAACUGCCAGGGGAUAAUAUCGGCGGGAGUGGAAGACAGUCUGUGCCUGUCAGUAUUCAGCCUGGCUAAACUAUCUAAUAACAUGGGAAGACGUUAUUCACAACUUAUAACGAUACUGUUUUGUCUGUAGCUAAAUAUGUAUGUCAUCAUCUUAUACUCUUUCAAACCGUUAGCGUGUCGCUAGCAAAGUUAACGAGUAGACGGACGCGAAACAAGAGCUAGUAACCAACUUGUCUCCAAGAGGUGGUUUUUCAAGAGGAGUGACGCGACGCACCAAGGAAGGAUGUUGCUUAUGUUGAAAACAAUGACUGGUCAAAUAGUUUCCUCUCUAUUAAGUGACUGUCUGGAUAUGUAACGUGAGCUAUAUUUUCACACAAGAAGCGUUUGGAUAAAGUUGCCUUUGCUAACAGCGCUAAGCAGAUUGUCGUCCUGGUGCGUCCUCUUCUAUAAACACUGCCUGAGUCUUCGUCAAGGACUAUUAUUCAGCCUCCAAGCUAGCUAGGAUUGUGCCCCUAGCUAGCAUGUGCAAGUUAUUUACAGGUUACUUUCAUCGAUUUGCUUCCACUGUAUACACUGGAGAGCCAGUUUGUACAAAGACUGGUAAAGGUGGCUCUCAUAGUAUAAACUGAAGCGGAAAAAACUUAAGUUCCCGACUUGGACUUCGACAAUGGCGAGAAGACGACUGGACAGUCGGAGCACGGCUGCGGGGCUACUCGGUGACAUCCAGACACACAUCCAGACGGAUCCCUUGGAUAGCCUGUAUGAACUCACAGGAGAACUGGGAAGGGGCAAAUUUGCCGUAGUGAAGCGCUGCGUGGAGAAGGCCACGGGUAAAGUGUUUGCCGCCAAGUUCCUGAAGAAGCGCCGGCGCGGGCGCGACUGCCGGGCUGAGGUGGUCCACGAGAUGGCCGUACUGGAGGCGGCGCGCCACAACCCCCGCGUCGUCAAUCUGCACGCCGCGUUCGAGACCGACCACGACAUUGUGCUGCUGCUCGAGUAUGCGGCGGGUGGGGAGAUAUUCGACCUGUGUGUGUCGGAUGAGCUGCUUCCAGAGGGCCAGAUCACCCGCCUCAUCAGGCAGACGCUGGAGGGUGUCCAUCAGAUGCACCAGACCGGCGUAGUGCACUUAGACCUCAAGCCCCAGAAUAUUCUCCUGACCAGCCUGAACCCGCUGGGUGACAUCAAGCUGGUGGACUUUGGCCUGGCGCGCAGGCUGGGCACGGCUGGUGAACUCCGGGAGAUCCUGGGCACUCCCGAGUAUGUGGCGCCAGAGAUCCUGAACUAUGAGCCCAUCACAACAGCCACUGACCUCUGGAGCGUGGGAGUUAUCACGUACAUGCUGGUGACGGGCGAGUCCCCGUUCGCGGGGGACGACAAGCAGGAGACGUUCCUGAACGUGUCGCAGGUCAACGUGGACUACAGCCGGGAGUCCUUCUCCAUGGUGUCGGAGCUGGCCGUCGACUUCAUACGCAAACUGCUCGUCAAAACACCCGAAGACAGACCCAGUGCGGCUGAGUGCAUGACGCACCCCUGGCUGUGGCAGAACUACCCGCCGCCGGCCACCCCCAGCGUCUCUCGGGAGCGCAGCAGUGGCUGCAAGUGGGCCGCAGAGGACAAGGAGAACAAGAACAUCGAGGACGACUCGCCCCACACCAAACGCUCCCGCUACGAGGAGGACAUGCCUACCUUCGACUACCGGGAAGCAGCGCAGCCGCCCCCACCACCUGGGGCGCUGGAUAACGGCAACCUCUCCAUGUCUAUCUGUUGAUUUUCCAACCCUCUUCUUCCUUCCAAAAACACAAAUCAAAGGUUUGCGCCACAACAGCAGCAGCGCUUUUUUGGGUAAGCAGCACCUUGCUGUCUGUGACAAGACUUGGUCGCCACUGUCAGUGAUUUCACAGAAUGUGGAAUAAAUGUGCUACUGUGUGAUUCUUGUCGCAUUGUGGUGGGGCACUUGAA